AUGUCUAUGAUUCCCGACUUAUACGAAAGCAUCAGUCAAUUCGAAGCUGCUGGCGGCCAUGUCCGACGUCGUAUUGUGCUACAUGUUAAAGAUCAAUAUAACGAUCAGAAAAAGCGUAGCGACGAUUGCCGACUGCUUUUAACAUUAUUGUGCCGAUACGCCUUCAUCGGAAUGAUCGUUCUUACUCCACAAUUUUUCAACAGCUGCUUUUAA